AGCAGAUUGUUGGGGAAAUGGCUGGUGGCAGUAAAGAGAAAGAGUCUACAUGGAGAAGGGUGACGUUUGAGAGAUGAGGCCGUGGAUCCGGUGCUGGUGUUAGAAAUGAGAGGGCAAGGCGGUAACGGGGAACGAGCCCCCAAAGGAUCACAGACAUAGGAUGAUUGAAGUUAAACGGACAUCAGGGGUCACCUGCCCAACCCUCGCAUUUUAAGCGUGAGGAAGCUCUACCCCGACAGCAGUGGUGGCUUGCUCAAGGUCACACAGCGAGUUACUGGCAGAGAAGGGACCCGAACGCCGAAACAAACUCCACACCUCCAAGCCUUUGGCGUUUAGACUUUCUCCCCGAUGUGUAUAAGGGAUAUCUGGACAGGAGAAGACUCCGAAGCUACUCCCCCAGCCCGCAGCCCAGGAUCCAGGGACCCAGCCCGCCCCUAGCCCUCCCACCUGCCACUCCCUGGCCCCUCCCACCGCCCGCCCCCCUUGGGGCACAGGGCAUGGUGUGAAAGGCCAAGUGCUGAGACGGGUACCAUGGGUGCUGUGCCCUAGAGCCUGGGUGGCGGGGGGUGGGUGGCCUGUGGGUGUGCCGGGGGGGCCAGUGUGCCCACCCCAGUCUCUUGGCGUGCUGGAGGGCGUCCUGGAUGGAAUUGAAGUGAAUGGAACAGAAGCCAAGCAAGGUGGAGUGUGGGUCAGACCCAGAGGAGAACAGUGCCAGGUCACCAGAUGGAAAGCGAAAAAGAAAGAACGGCCAAUGUUCCCUGAAAACCAGCAUGUCAGGGUAUAUCCCUAGUUACCUGGACAAAGACGAGCAGUGUGUCGUGUGUGGGGACAAGGCAACUGGUUAUCACUAUCGCUGUAUCACUUGUGAGGGCUGCAAGGGCUUCUUUCGCCGCACAAUCCAGAAGAACCUUCAUCCCACCUAUUCCUGCAAAUAUGACAGCUGCUGUGUCAUUGAUAAGAUCACCCGCAAUCAGUGCCAGCUGUGCCGCUUCAAGAAGUGCAUCGCCGUGGGCAUGGCCAUGGACUUGGUUCUAGAUGACUCGAAGCGAGUGGCCAAGCGCAAGCUGAUCGAGCAGAACCGCGAGCGGCGGCGGAAGGAGGAGAUGAUCCGAUCACUGCAGCAGCGACCAGAGCCCACUCCCGAAGAGUGGGAUCUCAUCCACAUCGCCACAGAGGCUCAUCGCAGUACCAAUGCCCAAGGCAGCCAUUGGAAGCAGAGGCGGAAAUUCCUGCCGGAUGACAUUGGCCAGUCACCCAUCGUCUCCAUGCCGGACGGAGACAAGGUGGACCUUGAGGCCUUCAGCGAGUUUACCAAGAUCAUCACCCCGGCCAUCACCCGUGUGGUGGACUUUGCCAAAAAACUGCCCAUGUUCUCCGAGCUGCCUUGUGAAGACCAGAUCAUCCUCCUGAAGGGGUGCUGCAUGGAGAUCAUGUCCCUGCGGGCGGCUGUCCGCUAUGACCCUGAGAGCGAUACCCUGACGCUGAGUGGGGAGAUGGCCGUCAAGCGGGAGCAGCUCAAGAAUGGCGGCCUGGGCGUAGUCUCCGACGCCAUCUUUGAACUGGGCAAGUCACUUUCUGCCUUUAACCUGGAUGACACGGAAGUGGCUCUGCUGCAGGCUGUGCUGCUAAUGUCAACAGACCGCUCGGGCCUGCUGUGUGUGGACAAGAUCGAGAAGAGUCAGGAGGCAUACCUGCUGGCGUUCGAGCACUACGUCAACCACCGCAAACACAACAUUCCGCACUUCUGGCCCAAGCUGCUGAUGAAGGUGACUGACCUCCGCAUGAUCGGGGCCUGCCACGCCAGCCGCUUCCUCCACAUGAAAGUCGAGUGCCCCACCGAACUCUUCCCCCCACUCUUCCUGGAGGUCUUUGAGGAUCAGGAAGUCUAAAGCCUCAGGCGGCCAGAGGGUGUGCGGAGCUGGUGGGGAGGAGCCUGGAGAGAAGGGGCCGAGCUGGGGGCUGAGGGAAACCCCCACACCUCUUCUCUCCUUCUUCUCAUCCUUGGAGAGAUUCAGCUCCCACACACACACCCGCACAGCCCAGGUCCCUCCUCAGAACCUCCAGCCCUGGGACAGGGCAGACAAAUGAACUUGCUAUGAAAAGGACAGUGUGGGAGGCUAGGGGAACCGUGUCCUGCAGUUCCCAGGACCCUGUCCUCUCAGAAGGUAGGGGAAGGGAGGGAGAACUGAGAGGGGGCAAGCCAUCUUGACCGUAGGGGAAGGAGUGUGGGGUGGGGGAAGAUACCCUCAACUCACCCCCUACAUACACGAGAGAGAGUGCCCCUGCCCUCCGCCCCGUUCCUUGGCCUAGGUUUCCCCUCCAGGCUAAGGGCUUCUCUACUUCCCCAGACACCUGGGUGCAAAGAACGGCUUGGCUUGGCUCCUCCCCGGGAGGUUAAAAAUUAUAGUCAUUCUAACUGCACUUUGGAAACCAAGCAAGGGGAGAAGAUAAAUGAAGAAAAACUAGACAGAGAGAAAAA